AACAUGACUUAAAUCUAUCUCAAUUGACAGGAAAUAGAAUGCUUAAACCGGAAGUGUAACAGGUGAUUGUCAAUUUGGGAAUUUAGUUAAUUUCGAAGGUUUUUACAGUGCUACUAUUUGCGUAAAACAGAGAUUAGAAUAUAAUCCUGGGUCUGAUGAACUUAUAGCUGACAGACAAAAUGGCUAUGAUUCAUGAUAGUGACCAUGCAGCUGAAUGUUUGGAUCAUCUACAAACAAUGCUGUGGGAGUCUGGGGAUCACACCCAAGAUGAUGACAUCAGUUCCCUCAUAUGCAUGCUGCAGAGUCCACUCUUUCGACAAUUGUUGGUCUUACAAGACUCUAUACAGGAACUUGAACAGGUAAAUGAAAGCCAAGGUCUAGAUGGUUACGAGUUUAAUUUUCUGCCUGAGCUUCAACUUGAGUCAACAGGUCUAACAAAUACAGCUUUCGAACCAGAAAUAAACCAAGCUUCAAGUUUUCCUUACGAAACAACACCGGAGUAUAAAGAUGAAUUUGAAAAGGUGAUUAAUAUGGCUGCCAGGGGAAGAGAGGUUGAGACUAUAAAGCUAUUCAAGCCGGAGAAACAGUCUUUGGGGUUCAGUGUUGUAGCAAAUCCAGGAGAUCCUAGUAUAUAUGUACAAGAUAUACAGCCCGGUGGAAUAGCUGACAGACAUGGGAGAUUGCGAGAACAAGAUCAGAUACUUGCUAUCGAUGGACAACCCUUAGAUAUCUCACAUCAGCAGGCAAUCAAGAUACUGCAGAGUGCCGGGGGACUUGUGGAAAUCGUGGUGGCACGGGGCCCCAAUCCCCAGGCUACUGUCACCCCUGGCGACCAAGAGGAACAAGUGACAGACUCACAGACACAAAACAACGCAGAAGUAACAGAUAUGUUGAACACAGAAUGGACACAGAUUGAAGUUAUUGAUCUUAUAAAUGAUGGUUCAGGGCUUGGAUUUGGAAUUAUUGGUGGGCGAAGCACUGGUGUUGUUGUCAAGACGAUUCUCCCAGGUGGUGUUGCUGAUGUUGAUGGUAGACUUCACAGUGGUGAUCAUAUCUUGCAAAUUGGUGAUGUUGAUGUUAGAGGAUUUGGUUCGGAGCAAGUUGCCCAAGUUUUACGUCAGGCCGGCAGCCAUGUUCGCCUGAUUGUUGCAAGACCAAUCAACGAACCUCAAUCUGUCCCGACACCAGAUGCUCCAAUUGUACCUACUAUACAGCUAGAUCAACAUUUAGAACAGAUAAUGUCAAUGCUAGAUAAACAGGAUCAAAUGUUGAUUGAGAAUCAGAUAGAGCAGCAGAAUCUUGUACAGAAAGGACUGGUGGAGCAUGCAGAGGUUCAUCAGCCUCCAUAUAAUGAAGAGCUACCACCAGAAGUAGACUAUUUUGAUGUCAAUCUUCUGAAAGACUCGUCACAAGGGCUUGGUAUAACCAUAGCUGGAUAUGUGGGCAGGGACAACAACCCAGAUGAUUUAUGUGGUAUAUUUGUUAAGAGUAUUACUCCAGGUAGUGCAGCAUCACAAGAUGGACAGAUUCAAGUCAACGAUCAAAUUAUUGAGGUUGAUGGGCGACCAUUACAAGGUUUCAGUAACCAUGAUGCUGUUGAAGUAUUACGCAACACUGGUCAAGUUGUCCAUCUUAAACUUGCUAGAUACCAACAUGGUGCCAAGUUUGAAAAGCUGCAGCAGUAUUUAGCUCAACCCCAGAUGUAUGUACCACCCUCUGCUAUGCCUACUGAAUCCACAACAAUAGCUACACCAAGAUACGAACUCAACACCCAGCCUACCCAACAGUCUGUUGAUAAUGAAGAUUCUGUUACUCCCAUGCAAGAUGAUCUAGAUGGUGAAUUAUCUGCUGAUAUUGAAGCAGCUAUUAGAGCAUGCUGGGAACCAAUUGUUGGUGAGGAGUUUGAAGUAGUGGUUGCCCAGUUGUCUAAGUUUAAAGAAGGUGGUGGAUUAGGUAUAAGUCUGGAAGGUACAGUGGAUGUAGAGAAUGGGGUUGAAGUUAGACCUCAUCACUAUAUACGUGCAAUCUUACCAGAUGGUCCUGUAGGUGUAAACGGAAGACUUCACAGUGGUGAUGAACUACUCGAGGUAAAUGGAAAGAGACUUCUUGGAUUAAAUCAUAAAGAAGUGGUUGGGAUAUUAAAAGAGCUUCCACAAAAUGUGCGUCUUGUUUGUGCAAGAAGAAAUGCUUCUACCAACGAAAACUAUGCAGAGCAGGACGGUGAACAAUUCCAGACUCCACCUCUCAAUUCCGGGGUCAGUGAAAGUGUUCCAGAAAGACUUGUUAAAUCGAAAUCAGAUAAUACUUUAUCAGAAUCUGUGGCUCAAACAAACUUAUCAAGUAAGAAGUCACGGUCUUUGGAACCGUUGACAGGAUUAGCAAUGUGGAGCAAUGAACCGGUAGUGAUUGAGCUGAGAAAGGGAGAUAAAGGACUUGGUUUUAGUAUACUGGAUUAUCAGGAUCCAGUGAAUCCGAGUGAGACUGUGAUAGUAAUACGAAGCCUGGUUCCAGGUGGUGUAGCUCAGUCAGAUGGACGUCUGGUACCCGGGGAUAGACUGGUUUUUGUAAAUGAUGUAAAUCUAGAAAGUGCUACUCUUGAUGAGGCAGUACAAGCACUGAAAGGGGCUCAGAAAGGGCUGGUGAGAAUUGGUGUGGCCAAACCCUUACCUCUUGCCGGACCAUUCCAGGAACAGCCAGUUUCAGAGGAGGAGGAGCAUGAGAUUACGGUUAACACAGUACCUCUGCAGUUCUCACCCCCACCCCUGCAUGAGCAUGACCUUCAAAAACAAAGUCACAAUUACAUGAACUUAGAGGAACUUGAAAACCUUGAAAAUAGUCUUCCAGAUGAUAUCAGGAGAAAAGAAUCAGUGUCGUCUGCUAGCACAACAAGUGACCUUGACAUUCAGGAGAAACCAAAACAUGAUAGAGGAGGAAGUCAGGACAGUUUCUAUGACUCUGACAAGGAAGAUUUGUCAUACGUUAGUCCAGUAAAAGCAAAAACUUCUCCUGAAAAACCACCUUUGAAGGAAAAACCUGUUGUUAAGCCAAAACCGGAGGUGAAAAGUAGGCCUGUACCGUUACCAAGGAAACAGGAUUCUGUUGUUUCUACAACAAGCUAUGAAAAUGAAGAUGCUAUAGAAGAAAUGAAAGCACAUGAAGAGCUAAUCAGACAAAAACAAAGUGAACUUCAGAGUGAACUGCCUGCUCAAGCUGAAUUAGAUCUUAGUUUUGAUUUUGAAAACACCGAUGCUAGCAUUACUAAUGUUAAACAAGAAGACUUGUUUGCAGGUGAUCGUCAAGGGUCACCAGAGGUAUUUGAGUAUGAAAACUCUUCUCUUGCCCCUCUCCCUUCAUAUGAAGAUGCAGUACAGGACGAUGCAGAGUUUUUCAAUAUGGAUGACCUUGAAGCUCCCCCUGUCCCUGCAAGGGAUGAAUCAAGUUUAGUUGUGAAGAGACAGAUGGCUGAGAAACAUACAUUUUCUGACUCAUCAUCUGAAGAGGGGUCUCUAAAAUUGAUCAAAAAGCGUAAGACUCCCCUGCCAUCACCUAGAAAGAUGUCACCAGAAAGUGAAAAAGCAUCAAAAUCACGCCCAAAACCUGCUAUACCCCCAAAACCAAAACACAGUCUGUCCCCUCAUACGAUAGGGGCAACUAAGGUCCAGGAGGAGCCUCCCCCAUUGCCAGUUUCGUCCCCACCUCCAUUGCUGAAUAAAGAUGAAGAAACGAAGUCACAGACUUCUCCAGGACAUUCGGACAUUAUUAAAGUUACCACCAAUACUAGCGUAGAGAACAUACCUUUUAGUGACCAUUCCAAUACCACUGACCAAUUAAAUACCAGUGACCACAGAAACGACCCAAUGGACAGCUCAUUUUCAUCUGACCAGUUCAACACAAGUGACCUUAAGACUGUAUCUGCCUCAUCAUCAUCAACACCAAGGACAGCUUCACCUGGCAUCUCUCCUAUAACUUCACCCAGUCUGAUGCGCUCAUUCUCCGGCCCCGAUGCAUUCCCACCUUCACUUGAGAAAAGAAUUACUCUCAAAAGAUCUCAAAAUAAUCUUGGUAUGACAGUUGAGGCAACAGACAAGGGUGUCAAUGGUUGUGUUGUUAAAUCUCUUACAAAAACCGGUGCUAUCUUUAAAGACGGACGGAUUCAAGUUGGUGAUUAUAUCAUGUCAAUCAACAACGAAAGUAUGAGGCGUAUCACGAACACCCAGGCCAGAGUCAUACUGAGAAGAGCCUCAUUGAUGGGAAGUGCUGAUAUUAGUAUAAGCUAUGUAACUGCUGCUGAUGGUGCUGCACAUAAAGAGGCCGUGGCCAAUAGACCAGUGGAGAGUCCUUCAACUCCAACCAUGAUGCCUUCACCAAAGAUAUUUCCAAAGUAUUAUCGAUCCACCUUGAGUCCAGUCACUAAGCGUUCAAGUUUAUCAGAUGGUAGCAACCCUUCCUCACCCUUAUCAUCACCAAGAAAAACUGCCUCACCUUCAAGUGCAAGCCCCAAAUCUAUUACACCUCAAGCAUCACCUAGACAGAAGGAGACUGUGGUAGUUGGGUCUGGGAAUCAAACCUGGGGACCACCAAGAUUAGUAGAGUUGCACAGGGAACCAGGCAAAACUUUAGGCAUCAGCAUUGUUGGAGGUCGGGUUGAUAUGUUCCAUGUAACGGAGGAGCACAUGAUCUCAGGAAUAUUUAUCAAACAUGUUUUAGAGGACAGUCCUGCAGGCAGGAAUGGCACCUUGAAAACUGGAGAUCGCAUUUUACAGGUUGAUGGGAAAGAUCUACGAAAUGCGACCCAUGAUCAGGCUGUAGACACUAUACGUCAUGCUAGUAAUCCUGUACGAUUUGUCAUUCAAAGUCUGACUGAUCCAGCUUGUCCGAGAGAUUUAGAGACGGACAAUAAGUCUGUACAUUCCUAUGAUGAAGGUUCGUUGUCUGUGCAGCAACAGAUGGUACAAGCUGUCAAUCAAAAUCAGGUUGUGGAAUCACCAGUGAAGGCAAGUUCUCCUGUACCUACUCCAGAAAAUACCCCACCCAUUGUAGUAAAACAGGAGGAAGAGCCUGUAGAUGAAUAUGGAUAUUCUAAUGAACGUAUACAGCGUCGGUAUGGUGACUUGAACGGAGAUCUACUAUUGGUUGAGCUGACACGCGGCAGUAGUGGGCUAGGUAUUAGCCUAGCAGGUAACAAAGACAGAAAUACAAUGAGUGUAUUUGUAGCUGGUAUCCAGCCUGACAGUGCUGCAGGGCUAGAUGGACAAAUACAAGUCGGUGAUGAACUACUUGAGGUGAAUGGCAGUGUGUUGUAUGGAAGAAGUCACCUCAAUGCCUCUGCUAUAAUUAAAGGUCUCAAUACUCCAGUCAUUAAAAUAGUUCUCCUGAGACUGAACAGACCGCGAUCAGUAAUGUGUCAGUCAGGCCAGCCUGUACAUCUUCACAGACUGAACAGACCGCGAUCAGUAAUGUGUCAGUCAGGCCAGCCUGUACAUCUUCACAGUCUGAACAGACCGCGAUCAGUAAUGUGUCAGUCAGGCCAGCCUGUACAUCUUCACAGACUGAACAGACCGCGAUCAGUAAUGUGUCAGUCAGGCCAGCCUGUACAUCUUUACAGACUGAACAGACCGCGAUCAGUAAUGUGUCAGUCAGGCCAGCCUGUACAUCUUCACAGACUGAACAGACCGCGAUCAGUAAUGUGUCAAGUCAGACUGAACAGACCGCGAUCAGUAAUGUGUCAGUCAGGCCAGCCUGUACAUCUUCACAGACUGAACAGACCGCGAUCAGUAAUGUGUCAGUCAGGCCAGCCUGUACAUCUUCACAGACUGAACAGACCGCGAUCAGUAAUGUGUCAGUCAGGCCAGCCUGUACAUCUUCACAGACUGAACAGACCGCGAUCAGUAAUGUGUCAGUCAGGCCAGCCUGUACAUCUUUACAGUCUGAACAGACCGCGAUCAGUAAUGUGUCAGUCAGGCCAGCCUGUACAUCUUCACAGACUGAACAGACCGCGAUCAGUAAUGUGUCAGUCAGGCCAGCCUGUACAUUUUCACAGUCUGAACAGACCGCGAUCAGUAAUGUGUCAGUCAGGAGAGAUGAUACCUGGAGCGUAUGGCUGUAAAACCAAUCAAAAUCACUCACCUAUUCUCAACAAAACAUUUAAACUUUACAUCUCAUUCAAGGAGAAGAAAGUGGAAUCUUCACAGCUGACCACACCCACAUCUGAGCCAGCCACCUUAAGCCCCUCCCCCUCAGAAGAGAAGCAACCAGUCAGUCCCACUGGCUCAAAUAUGCUGGAUGUUAUUCAAGUUAUUAGUUUAAAUAAGGGUCCAAGUGGAUUAGGGUUUGCCAUUGUUGAAGAGAACAGAGAUGGUAGACAAGGAAUAUAUGUUAGAAGUAUAACAUUUGGUGGUGUUGCAGACAGGGAUACUAGACUGUCCGUUGGGGAUCAGAUACUUGAAGUCCAGGACAAAUCACUACAAGAUGUUCAUUAUGAUAAGGCAAUAGAUAUUCUACGCAACAGUCAGGGAACAGUAAGGUUAAAAGUAAGAAAAUGUAAUGCUGAUGGCUCACAAUAUGCUCAAAAUAAUGUACAAGGGCAGAUCACUCUGUCUAACCCACCAGGUGAAUCAUCAACAGAUCUAGCAUCAGCCAAUCAGGUGUCAGAAUCUGGGUCACAUGACCCACUGACAUGUCCCAUCAUUCCAGGCCAGGAAGUGGCCAUCACCAUAGAGAAAGGCAGGACUGGGUUGGGCCUUAGCAUUGUAGGCGGAGCUGAUACACUGCUGGGAGCAAUUAUUAUACAUGAGGUAUACGAGGACGGAGCGGCAGCUAGAGAUGGCAGAUUAUGGGCCGGUGAUCAGGUUCUCGAGGUAAAUCAUGAGAAUCUACGUGAAGCUACACACGACUAUGCAAUUCAGGUUUUACGUCAAACUCCAGCAACUGUAAAAAUGGUCGUCUUUAGAGACGAUACCCAUAUCAAGGAGGAAGAUAUAUAUGAUAUUUUUACUGUGGAACUGUUAAAAAAGCCAGGCAAAGGGCUAGGACUAAGUAUUGUAGGAAAGCGUAAUGAUGUUGGUGUAUACAUAUCAGAUAUAGUGAAAGGGGGAGCAGCAGAGGCUGAUGGGAGAUUAAUGCAAGGUGAUCAGAUUCUCGCUGUCAACACCGAGGAUAUGAGGAACGCUACACAGGAACACGCUGCAGCUGUUCUCAAGACAACAAUGGGUAAAGUGGUGUUGAAUGUUGGGAGACUGAAGGCAGGAUCAAGGACAUCUUCAAGGAAAAAUUCCAACUCAGCUGGAGGAGGUUUACGUAAAUCUGAGUCCACUGCAAGCAAUAAAUCAAAAGGUGGCAGACACUCAAAAAAAGGGAGUGAGGACAUGAGUCAUAUCCGGGUGGUAGAGCUCGCCCAUGAUGCAAAUGGUUCUCUAGGACUGAGUAUUGCUGGAGGAGUCGGUAGUUCUCUAGGGGAUACACCCAUACUGGUGGCUAACCUAACUUCUGGUGGACCCGCUGAAAGGUCCAGAAAAUUAAAGGUUGGAGAUAAAAUCCUCAGUAUAAAUGGAGUGAGUACAGAUGGAAUGAAUCAUGAACAAGUGGUCAACUUGCUCAAGUCCUCGACUGAUUCUAUUACACUACAAGUAACACAAGGCGAGCAGACACAAGUAAGCGUCAGUGGUCGGACAUCUUCAACACGAGGCUCUACCCGAGGAUCUACGUCUGGGAUAACACCUGAAAUACCUACAGUGAGGACACCAACUCCACAAGAAAACAAUGUGUUUGAUGAUGAGGAGGCACCCCCUCAGUAUAAGACAAUUACAUUAGAGAGAGGACCGGAUGGACUUGGUUUCUCUAUUGUUGGUGGUCAUGGAAGUCCACAUGGAGAUUUACCCAUAUAUGUCAAGAAUGUAUUCUCCAAAGGUGCUGCUUCAGAAAAUGGGCUGCUUAAACGUGGUGACCAGAUCCUCACAGUGAACGGCUCCAGUUUAGAAGGUCUUACGCACGAGGAAGCUGUAAACAUUCUGAAAAAUGCAAAAGGUUCUGUGAUAAUGAAUGUAUUAUCCUAGCACUGCUACAUUGUUCUUCAUUGUAAAGUUGGUAAAUUUACAGAUCACAAUAAUACUGGCAUAAAUUUAGUAAGAAAAUCAACACAAAUUUUGAUCUUACCAUAGUUAUAUCAAUGUUGGACAUAAACUUAAAUAUUUACAAUACAUGAGCAUUAUAAAAAUGAUGUUUGUAUAAUAAGAUUCAAAUAUGAAGCUGCAUUAUUAUUCCAUAAUUGAUGUUCUGAAUUACAUGCACAAAACUGUGUUGUAUUGUUAAUAUACAAUGAUUUUUUUUUUUACAAGGAACUAUUUAACUGAUGAAUAAUUUCCCUAAUCAUAUAUGUGAAGGUCAUUCAUUGUUUAUUAAACAUCCAAGGGAGAGAACCAGUGUUUAAUAUCAGUAAGUAAGUGUUCAAUAUUCACUUUGUAUUUAUUUACUAGCUAGAUUAAUUACUUAUGUUUGAAACAAAAAGAUUUGUUAUGCAUUUUAUCUUUUCAAAUUCCAGAUUAUCAUUGUAAAUAAUUUAUACUCAUAUAUUGAAAUGUAUUGCUAUACUGGUUAGGGUAUAUUAUACAAAGACAUUAGGAAAUACACAUUUUGUAUUCUGUAAUCAAGUUAUAGUUUGUAUAGGAUUACGUUCAUAGUUUGAGUUUUUCAUUUUUAGGUAUAUUAUUUUUUUGUCAUUUUUUUUUUAUUAUUAUGCCCCCAUUUCGAAGAAAAGGGGGUAUAUUGCUUUGCACUUGUCGGUCCGUCGGUCCGUCGGUCUGUCGGUCCGUCGGUCCGUCGGUCCGUAGACCAAAUGGUUUCCGAGUGAUAACUAAAGAACCCUUAGGCCUAGGAACUUCAAACUUGGUAUGGUGAUUGGUCAUGACCAGUAGAUGACCCCUAUUGAUUUUGGGGUCAAGGGGUCAAAGGUCAAGGUCACAUUGACCUUGUAAGCAAAAACGGUUUCCGAUCAAUAACUAUAGAACCUUAAGGCCUAGGAACUUCAAACUUAGUAUGGUGAUUGGUCAUGAUCAGUAGAUAACCCC